AUGCGAAAAGAUAGUGAUGAUAUCAAACAAUCCGAUCGUCUAAAAGUACAAGUACCAUUAUGUGCACCAUUUCCAUUGAAAGCGUUUCCUGUUGUUGAAAACAAAUCAAAUGAAUGCGUGAUUAAACUUGAAUGGGAUCAUUUAAAAGAUAUUCUUAUUGAUGAAUACAUAGUCUAUGUCAAUAAUAAAGAAUUACAUCGUAUACCCAAUACAAAUUUUAAUGAAAAAUUUCUAGUAGAAGUUUCUCCUAUUAAAGAUGAAAUGUAUACAAUUGACGUAAUUGCAAAAGUAUCUCGUAUCCAAGACACAAUACAAUCCUAUCGUAAAAUUAUUAUUCCACAGGAGUCACCAAAUGGAACUAUGAACUUCAUUGAUAAAGCGGAUAAAAAUAUUCGUAAAACACCUUGUAUCACUAUCAAAGAAGAAGAACCACCACUUCAUAUAAUACCUCUUAUUACUAAUAUUAAUAAUAAUAAUAAUAAUAAUAAUAAAUCCAACGUAUUCAAAGAAAAUUUAACACAAAAAAUACCAAGAUCAACAACAACUGAACAAUCUCAAACUGCUAAUACUUUAGAUUUAAAAUCAUCGGCACGAUCGCCUAGAAUGGAACCAACAGAAGAACGACCUUCAUCAAUUAUAAAUAAUAAUAAAUUAAAAGAACGUGUUCUUGAAUUAUAUACGCAAUUGGUAAAAGAUAUAAAUAAUAAAAAAAUAUGUCACCAUUUACCACAUCAGUAUUAUCUUGGUAAAGAUCAUUAUAUUAUAGAAAAUAAUCUACAUAGACAAACAUCGUUAAUUGACAAUCGCAUCCAAGAACAACAGCGAAGAAAGUCGUCGAUAAUUAUACCAAUGAAUAAUCAUAAACCUACACAAGAACAAGACUUAAAUCAACAACAGCAACAACGUCGAAAAUCAUCUUUGAUUAAACCUAUGGAUGAUCAUCGUCAACCCACUAACAAUAAACACCAUCAACCAGAUCAAAGACGAAAAUCAUCUAUACCCCUCUCUAUCAAUGGUGAUCAGAGACAGAAAAUAACAAAUAGUGAUCACCAGAAACAAUAUCAGCGACGUAGGAAAUCAUCUAUAGUGAGACCUAAUGAUGAUGAUGAUCAGAAUCAGCAUACACUAGAGACUAAUAAUAAUGACGACCUGUAUAACCAACAACGUAGACAAUCGUCUGUCCAGUCUAUCGAACAAACAAAACGGAAACGAUCGUUUAAUCAACAACAAUUAGAACAUGAUCAUGAUGAUGAUGACGAUGUUAUAUAA